AUGUCUGAUGAUGAAGAUAUGUUCGCCUUCUCCAAAGACGGCGAAGAGGACGAAAAGACAAUUUUGCCAGCCCUGACCAUCACCGGCCGUGAGUACCCGCUGAGCCUUGCUCUGAGUCCCUCGUCAUCGGAAGAGCCCCUGAUGUUGGAGGUGACGGUGGAUUCGGAUGAAGACCUCGGCUUCGGGGACACAGACAUCAAUCCGAUCCUGCUGGUGGGCGAGGCCGACGAAGAGCGGUGUCGGCAUAUCCGCAGGCAAUACCGGGAGCUCAUGUACACCGUGCAGCAGCAUCGGGACCACAUCGUGAACACGGCCAGCGAGUCGCUGACCCAGGCCCUCCGCAAGGCCGACGUGCUGUUCGACGGCGUGAUCAGGACGCGAGAAGCCGCCCUCGACGCCCAGUUUCUCGUGUUGGCUUCUGAUUUGGGCAAAGAAAAAGCGAAGCAGUUAAACUCUACCAUGAAUUCUUUUAAUCAAGCCGCAUUUAGCAAACGUCUGUUUAAAUUUGCGGGCCUGAAUUGGUUGGAAGAAGAGCACGACAGUUUGGAUAGUUGUGAAGAAAGUGUUGCGCUUUCCUUCUGGAAGAAAAUCCAGAAGGAAGCAGCGUGCUGGACUCAGCGAGCUCAAACCUUCCACUUUAUGUUGGGGUCCUUCGCCUCCAACUCUCCCAUGCGAAAGCCGCGGCCACGGAAAAGAAUUCGUAGCAUGGAAGCAAACCGAGAUAUGCCUUCGCACUUGAAGAUGAUGGACCUGGAAUGUAAUCAGGAGACGACCGAGAAAGAAGUAGAAAGGAUUUUGGGAUUGCUGCAAAGCUACUUUACAAAAUACCCGGAGACGCCUGUGUCGUAUUUUGAAUUCGUGAUUGACCCCACUUCUUUUGCGCGCACCGUGGAGAACAUGUUUCACGUGUCUUUCAUCAUAAGGGAUGGCUUUGCAAGAAUUGGGCUCGACCAAGACAGGCUGCCGACCUUGGAGCCACCGAAUACCAGCCACGUGGAUGAGGGCUGUGAUGCCAUUAGCUACAAUACAAAGCAGGGAGUUAUAUCCUUGAGUUUAGAAGAUUGGAAAAAUAUUGUAGCAACGUUUGAAAUUUCAGAGCCUAUGAUAAAACAUAAGAGAGAUUUUUAUGUGUAG